GUUGUUGAGAAAAUUUUUAAAUUACGCGCUCAUAUUUGCCUAAAGCUCUUGAGCGAUAGCAGCGCACCAAGUGUGAAAUAAACUGUUCCCAAAUAUUUGGGGCCACUGACAGUGGGUCACACAAAAGUGUGUUUUUUGUUUCUGGCGUAAAAAAGAACCCCAUUAGUUGCGAAAUGGACGAAAAAGUGUCAGGAGUAAACGAGGAGGAAGCAGAGUCAGUCAGGGCGGACGCUCCAGUAACUGCGGUGGUCAGCAAUCAGGCAGAACAGACGGAGGAGAUUAGAAAGCUUCGCGAGGAAUUCAAUGGACAGCGUGCCAAGAUGAGAGAGCUGUAUUUGCAGAAAGAAGCGGAGUGCAAGAAGCACUCUAUAAAGAUCGACAGUCUAACCAAAGAACUGGAUGAGGCCAAGAGUCAGCUGAUUGUGGCGGAGUAUCGAAAGGAGAAUGAGAUGCAAAACCAGGAAUUGAAGGCACAAGAGGAACUUGCAUCGCUCAGACAACUCGUACAGGACACUUUGGAUGAAUCCAGUCAACUCAAAGAUGACCAGAAGCGUCUCUACGAUGAGUACGAACGCAUCCGCCAAGAGAAUCACAAUCUCAAGGAAAUGCUGAGCAAUCAGGAAUCUCCAAGUCUCGCUCCUGUGUUCAGUCAUGUGAAGAAGAUCGCCCGAAAGCUGGGCGCUGACUCCAAGGAUGACAAUCUCGAAGAUUCCAUGCGGAAGGUAAACAAAUAUGCCCAGGAAGACGCUGAAGUGCUACGUUCACUUGUUGUACCUCUGGAGGAGGAGAUAAAAGCUCUAAAGGAAAAACUAAGAGCCACUGACGAAGAGCUUCAAUCUAUGCGUGGUGGAGCGGCUUCAGAUUUUGCCGUGGGCGGUCUGUUGAAGGACACCCAGCCGAGAAGUGACAGCAAGUCGGCAGUUGACGGUCAGUUUCCUUGUGAGAUGUGUAAGAACUAUGAAAUGCAGUUGGUGCAAGCACAGGAGAACGUCCAGAAGGAACAGGCAAAGACGGAACAGGUGGUGAAGCAGGUGGAACGUCUCAAAGAGGACCUGGGUCAUGAAGCUAUUCUUAGACGUGAACUGGAGUCUCAGUGGCAAGAGAAGCGAGAGGCGCACAAGAAUGAAGUGCUCUCACUGACGGAAAAUAUGAAGAAGACCGAGGACUCUUUCGCUCAUCUUCAGAGGCACUACAAUGAGAUCAAAGAUGAAAUUAACCAAGAACUACUGAAGCUCACGCACGAGCGCGAGAGUGUCCAUCGUCAUUUGGAGUCUCUGCAGCGUGACAAUGACAUUUUGGCGGGUAAAUAUCUCGCCACAUCGGAAGAGAUUCAAAAUCAGGAAAUUAAUCUGCCUAACACGGUUGAGGAGCUGCAGGAGAUGCUCUUGCAAGUGCAUCAGAGUCUUAUUGAGGCGCGCGUAGGGUGUGAAUUUGAGCAAACGAAGAGCAUCAGUCUGAGGGAUGAGUCACAACUGUUGAGGGAUCAGCUGGAGUCGUUCUACAAAGAGCGCCAAGCGUAUGAGAAGGAAAUGGUGGCUAAUUUGCGGAGUUCAGAGUUUCAGUUGAAGGAAUCGAUGGCAAAGGUGAGACAGCUGACGGGUCUCAAGGAGGCAUUCGAGCGGAAGGAGGUGGAAUACAAAAAGGAGUCAUCAGAACUCAGGGAGCAAGCCAUCGACCUGCGCGCGCUCAAUACCAAAUUGGAAAAGACUAAUGCAGAUUUGAAGAGCAAAGUGACUACUCUUCAGCAAGAUAUGGCCAAUGGCGAAGCAGUUCAGCAGGAUUUUGUCAGACUUUCCCAAUCCUUGCAGAUGCAACUGGAGAAGAUCCGUGUGGCUGACACGCAAGUGCGCUGGCAGGACGACGAAGAUGUGGAUCAGUGUCCCAACUGCAAGUCACCCUUCACCGUAACGAAGAGAAAGCAACACUGUCGCCACUGCGGAACAAUCUAUUGUGAUAAGUGUCUGAGCCGGACUGUUCCGUCUGGACCGCACAAGAAGCCAGCGCGAGUCUGUGACGUCUGCCACACACUCCUCAUGCAAAACACGGCGCCAUACUUCAGCCAAGCGCCACCGCAAACGCCGUAAUGCGUCCCUUCCCCAGAGAUUUUCAUUGUGAUAACGCUUUGCUCCGAUAAAAUAUC